ACCAGCCCACACUCAUUAUACCCCCGUCCUGUUCCUCUUCCCUAUAUACUCUUAAAUCAAUGCGAUAGCAUUAGCAGCAUCACAAUGCCUCCGCGGUUACGCUCCUCCAACCUCCCCUCACCCGCUGCUUCAUCACCCUUCGUCUCCUGCCCAUGCACAAGAUUAUCGCCCUUCAUCAGGGUAGCACAGAGAUCGCGCGACUUUUCAUCAACACCAGUGCAGCAGAUCACAUUACGGCGGCGGAAAUUCUAUGAGUGGCUCAAUGGGCCUGGAAGGUCACUGAAGGAGCCUCUGCCGGGCUCCACCAACUACCUGGGGGCAUACGACAAGUACGGUAAUCUCGUUCGAGCAGGUCCGGGAUGGCGGAGAGAUGCCCCGCAACCUCCAGGGCAGGGGCAGGCAGAAGUACAGGACAAGGAAGAGAAGUCGGCCGAGGACCCGGCGCCGCAGGGUCAAGAAAGCUUAGACGAGUUAGAGGCGGCAAUUCGUGCUGGCGAAGCUGAGGAGAAGGAAGCCAAGAAGACUUCAGAAGAGGACGAUGGAAAACUGCCACCCGAAACAGCAGAGGAUCUCCGUCCUUUUCCACUAAACAAAUACUUCCGAUCUCAACCAGUACUCAGCGAAGAGCUACGAGAAGCCAUAUACCAACGCGUCAAGAAGGACGGCGCAACAGUAUCACUUGCUAGUGUUGAGUUCGGCGUCAGCAAUGAGCGUGUUGGCGCCGUUGUGCGACUAAAGCAGAUGGAGAAGGAGUGGAUUGCACAGGGACAAACACUAGCUAUCCCUUACAGCAAAGCUGUCCUCUCCAUGCUCCCAACAACACCAAACAUCGACACCUCUCAGAAGGGCAAACGUCCCAUAGUCCACGAGCCCAUCAACGACCUCAAGGUCCACCCGGCAACACGGCAACAGCUCUUUGUUCCUGUCGCCGAGUCGCGUCACUUCACGCGUGUUGAUGCCGGAAAAGCGUUUGACAACAACCUACUUCCAGCUGAUGCAAGGAUCCCACAUCCUGAGCUAGUGCAAGCAGAAAAGGAAAUAGCGAGCGGGCUGAGCUUCGAGGAAAGGAGAAAGCUGGCUGAGGAGCGCUUUGAAGCCGAGGCAAAGCGGAAGCGGGACGCAGAGAGGAAAAAAGAAGAGGAACUCCGGGCUCUCAAGGUCGUCCCCAAACGACGAUGGGACUUUGUUUUCCAGGACGUCAGCGUCGAGGACGCAGGCCGCGAUGGGCGGGGGGCAAAGGCAGCCGGGUGGCGGUAUGGCGUGCCGCAUCAAGACCGCAAGAGGGGCAUCCCCAAGAUCCCUACCAAGGUCGAGGCUUAGAGCGCGGCUUGAGGCUGUGGCUUAUACUGUGUACACUAUGUAUCUGUCUGUAUUGGAUUCUUGUAGCAUACCAUGUCAGCGCGAGUCCUGCAUGAGGGGAAGAUAUACCCCCUUGUAGCAAUGUAACGAAACUAUUAUCAACAUGUAUUGAUCG